UCCAGAAUGUGGCGCUGAGUCGAAGGCGGCGCAGCGACGACGAAACUUCUCCUCGAAUUCUUUUCGCCCAAACAACUGUGGACUAACCCCGGGUUGGAUUAAACACGCACACACGCACUCGCUUCCUGUCAGGGAAUAACGCGGUUCCUCUCUUCAUUAAAACGUGGCAGACUGCAGCUCGCGUCCCCAUGCCCUGCCCUGCGAGUGCUGCCCGGCCCGCUGAGCCAACAGGAGCGUCCGCCGUGUCUGCACCGGGCUGCAGCUGAAGUUUAUUUUCGGUGCCUGCGGCGGCGGCGGCGGCGGUGGUGGUGGUGGAGGCGGGUCGUCCAGAGGGCCCAGAGCCCCCCGAAGCAGGCGGAAGGGGCCUGUCCUCCUGUCCCAGCCACACGAAGAUGAACAAACUGCACUUUCACAACAACAGAACCAUGCAGGACCGCCGCUGUGUCUGUGUCUUUCUGCCCAACGACGACACGCUCAACGUCAUAGUCAAUGUGAAGACUCUGUGCCAGGAACUGUUGGUCCAGGUGUGCGACCUCCUGAGGCUGAAGGACUGUCACCUGUUUGGUCUCAGCGUCAUUCAGAAUAAUGAACACAUCUAUAUGGAGCUGGCUCAGAAACUCUCCAAAUACUGCCCCAAAGAAUGGAAGAGGGAAGCCAGCAAGGGUAUCGACCAGUUCGGUCCUCCGAUGAUCAUUCACUUCAGGGCUCAGUACUACGUGGAGAACGGGCGAUUGAUCAGUGACCGGGCGGCCAGGUACUACUACUACUGGCACCUGAGGAAACAGGUGCUGCUCUCGCAGUGCAUCCAGAGGGAGGAGGCCUACUUCCUCCUGGCGGCCUUCGCCCUGCAGGCCGACCUCGGCAACUUCAAACGCAACAAGCACUUUGGGAAAUACUUUGAACCCGAAGCCUACUUCCCCCCUUGGGUGAUAACCAAGCGCGGCCGCGAGUACAUCCUGAGGCACAUCCCCAACAUGCACAAAGACCAGUUUGCUCUCACGGCGUCGGAGGCGCAUCUCAAAUACAUCAAGGAGUCCGCUCAGCUGGACGACGUCACUGUCCACUACUACAGACUCUACAAGGACAAGAAAGAAGUGGAGGCGUCUCUCACGCUGGGACUGACACUUCGUGGGAUUCAAAUAUUCCAGAACGUCGGCUCCGUGCGGCAGCUGCUGUACGACUUCCCCUGGACCAACGUGGGCAAACUGGUGUUCGUGGGGAAGAAGUUUGAGAUCCUCCCCGACGGCCUCCCCUCGGCCCGUAAGCUCAUGUACUACACCGGCUGCCCGCUGCGCUCGCGCCACCUCCUGCAGCUGCUCAGCAACAGCCACCGGCUCUACAUGAACCUGCAGCCCGUCCUCAAACAGGUCCGUCGGCUGGAGGAGAACGAAGACAAGAAGCAGUACAGGGAGUCGUACAUCAGCGACGCCCUGGAGCUGGACAUGGACCACCUGGACAAGCGCUCGCGGGCCAGCGGCAGCAGCGCGGGGAGCGUGUCCCACCACAAGCGCCUGUCCCGCCACUCCACCACCACCAGCCACGGCAGCUCGCACACCUCGGGCAUCGAGACGGACAGCUUCAGGGCGCCGGGCCAGGCCCCGCACAGGCCCCUCCGGACCUGCAGCUCGUCCACCACCAGCCACGGCAGCUCGCACACCUCGGGCAUCGAGAGCAGCGGCAAGGAGCGCAUACUGGACGACGACGAGAUCGAGAUGCUGGUGGACGACCCCAAAGAUUACGAAGAGCUCCAUGAGAUGGCUCUGGACCAGGAGCUGUGUAUCCACAUCACCGAGGACAUGUUGACCAUGUCUCCCGAUCAGACCAACGGAUUCUCCGGCCUGAUCGUGAAGGACGUGAGCUCCUCCACCUCCAGCUCCUCGGAGACCGUCGUCAAGAUGAGAGGACAGAGCAUCGAGUCUCUGCCGCAGACGUCCGCGUGCAGGAAGCCCGACUCGUCGACCGACCGCCACAGCCAGUCCCUGGACGACGUGCGGCUCUACCAGAAGGACUGCCUGCAGUGGGCGGAGCUCUGCCAGGACACGGCCCACAGCUACACGUUCGGCUGCGCCCAGGAGCUGAGCGACGGAGGCCCGGGCGGCGGCGGCGGCGGCGGCGGCGGCUACCAGGGCCUGGCCGAUCAGCGCGCCGGCUUGCUCGCCGGCGAGCAGCACCCCUUCCCCAUCAAGAGAACCAACAAGUACUUCUCCCUGGACCUGACCAGCGAGGAGGUCCCCGAGUUUGUGGUGUGACGGAGGCGGGAGGAAACCGAGGCGACCUCCUCGGGGUGACGGUUUUUAUUUCCGCUCCUCCGUGUCAGACGUGGAGAUAUUUCAGCCCUCAGGGAACGAGCCGGGGAGAGGAGUGUCGGGGAGAGAGAGUGGCGGCGUCUAUUCUUGGCAGCGAGCGGAAGAGACGAGUAAAUUGGCUGCGUCGUCCGCCGCCACUACAGACGUGUAACACAGAAUAAACGUGGAGGAGUCUGACUGAAAUGAACUCUCGUGUUCCAAGAACCUGUGUUAUUUUUUGAAAUAGAACCGCAGCUGCUCCUCCUGUGUGAAAGGAAACAAAAAGGGAUCGCGUCUUUUUCAUGGGGGAAAAAAAGAAACAUUUUUAUUCAAAUCUUCCUCCCUGAUUUGAAGAUCCUCACAUGGUGCUCGCUUAUGUUUUAUCGAGACUCACAGCAGACACAGACACGACGAGCGUACCGAGGAGCUUUUUUUCUCUCGUCGGCGACACGACAAGGACAACAUCUCUCCGAGCUACGAACCAAAGACGAGACACGGCGUGUUCCCGUCGCCCUGCGUCGCAUCUCCGCGAGUGUGACGGACACAUGUCAGAGGGACGGACCCAUGUCCAUGACCCAUGAUCCUCUGAGCGCUUCUCUCUUCUUCUUUUUUUUUUUUUUCCCCCCUCUUCUUCUGUGCCACUUCAUUUUACCUCAACAGGAAGUGCAGUGUGCCAACCCUCCCUCCCCUCAGACUGGAAUCUCAAUCAUGUGAAGACACACUCGACGUGCCUUCAUCACACUAUGCAGGUGUCAAAACCCCCCUCGCCUUGACAAUCACUCCCCCUCCACCUGAGUCAUCGGAUUUCCAAAGCUCUACUUUUAUUUCAAAACACCGUUCACACACACACACACACACACACACUAUUUCAUUCGCACAUCAAGCUUAAACUGUUUUUUCACGUUCCGACCGAGUUUCCCGGGAGGAAUGAGGUCGAGUUAGUUCCCUCGACGUGUCCGGACUCGCCUUGGGAGUUCGUGGCCACAAAGAAGCUUCCCUGUAAUCUUAAAAGUCAAGAUGGAGCCCGGGGGGCUGGCCGCCAGCCAAAACAAAAACCCUACUUUACCGUGCAUGCGUACUCGUCUUCCUUUUUUUUUUUCCGUCUUUCGUUUUUGAAACUGGAAUUUGUUACAUAUUUUUUUUUUCCUCCUUCUUUUUUACAUGUUGUUUUUUUGUGUUUGAAUUGUGCACCGACUCGUUUUACGUUGGAACGGUUGUUACGUUGCUCGUGGCUGAUCAUGUCAUUUACAGUAUUACAUUCAAAUCCACGUGACAGUAUUAACAGGUUCGUGGCUUCGAACGAGAAAGACCUGUUUGGUUAAUUGUAAUCUCGCAGGCAGACUCGACAGAAGCGAGUGUAGCCCGUGGACAGGUUGUGUUUUACAAACUCGUAAAUUACAUCUCACGUUUCGAAUCCGCCGGUGUGAGCGAGGACAGGAGGUAACACGUUGCAGGUGAAAACGACAAACAAGAUGUUUUUAACCCAUAAAGCUCGCCGAUCAAACUCAAAGUGCCGCAGUCACUGUACAGCUUUAAAAUACAGCCUUGAUGUUUUGUUUUUUAUGAAGUUCUCUGGGGUGAAAACACUAAAGAUUUAUUUAAAUAUUUGAAUUUGGUGCGAAACAUUGCACCAUAACCUUUAAAUUGUGAAUACGGGAUAACAAUUGGAUUUGAAAAUGAACUCUUCAUAUUAAGUGUUGUUGCUUUUAAGUUAUCUAAAAAAAAAAACAAUAAUUGAAAAAGACUAGAGCCCGACCGAUAUGGAUUUUCGUGGGGCCGAUGCCAAUAUCGAUAUUUGUGAGUACAAAAUUCCCGAUACUGAUACAUUGGCCAAUGUGUGUAUAUAUAUAUAUAUAUAUAUAUCUAUUUUUAAAAUCUGUCAAUGAUUCUUAAGAUGUUGUUAUCAAACCUUUAUGACAAAGACAUGUAAUUGGGGCUUGAUAUUUUAGUUUAACCAUGAACUUUAUCAUAAAUAACUAUAAAUUAAGAAAACAAAUACAACCUGAUGCAUAGAACUUAUAACAAACAUAAAAUUAAAACAUAGAUGCUCAAAUCAGUUGGCCCAAUAAUAUGGGUCGGGCUCUAAAAAAGACCAGAUUUUGCAGAUUAAGAAACAUUUUGGUAAAUAUUCUUAUUCACUUUCUGACUGAAGAUUGAUGCCACUCUCUACAACCUUGUUAGCUUUGCAGGCUAGCUGCCCCCCCCCCCCCCCCCCCCCCCCCCCCGUUUCCAGUCUUCAUGCUAAGCUAAGCUAAUGGUGGUACAGUAGCUUCAUAUUUACUGUAAAGGUGUGAGAGUGGAAUCAAUCGUCUCAUCUGUUUCCCGGCAAGAAAGCGAAUGAGAGUAAUUCAUAUUUCUGUAAAUUGUUUGGUGUUUGCUGUGUUUUAUGUUUCAUCUGCAGAUGUAAUCCAGCAAACAAAAACGAAAAAACUGAGGUGAGUAAUGUCAAACAACAGCUAUUUUUAUAAUGUGCCAAUAAUGUAGCUGAGCCGAACUGUAGCUUCAGUUUUUCCAAAGUCAUAUUUUAUUUUCAUCCGAGUCAUCCCAGGUCAGCAAUACAGCAUCUGAACAAGGACUUGUAUGUAUUACAUAACAAAAACAUGAAUUUGAUUCUGCAAUGUAAUUAAAAACAACUAUAUUUCUUACAGUUUGUUUCUCUCGACGUUUUAAAACGUACGUACAUAUUUCUACUCAUUAAUGUCUUAAGUCAUAUUUUUGAUGGACAACGAUAUUUCUUAUAUUAAAACAGUUAAAUGUGUCGAGGUACAUAGCCAUACAGUCAUAACCCAUGAACUUAAAGUCUUCAUAACUUCUUUCCUUGACUUCAGUAUGUAUACAUAUAUAUAUAUACACUUUGUGAGAGGCUGCGUGUGUCCAUAAUCCUUUCUGUGAAAGGAUCUUCUUUCAGGAAAAAAAGAUUUUUUUAUUUUUUUUGUCACCCUGUAGUUAAAAAAAAAAAAAAAGAUUUGUUAAGAUGAAGUCUGGUCUUGUACCUUCCUGGUACUAACGCCCUCAAUAUCCAAUAAAAAGGUACAUUUAUCUACCAAA